AUGUUUAAAAGUGGGAUGAAGACUGAAAGUGAGAGGCUGUCGAGGAAAGUCCGAUUCCGAGUUGCUUCCUCUCACAGCGGGCGAGUGCUAAAGGAGGUUUACGCGGAUGGAGAAGCUGGAGACUCUCUGGAUUCUGAAUAUGCCAGCAGUUCAGAAACUGACCAAACCAGCCGGUUAAGUGAAGUGGAAGGACAGCAGAAUGGACAUGUAGGCUCUGAGUGUGAUGAAAACGAAAAUGACCAGGAUGACUUGCUCAUUUUAGCGAGAGCCACUAAAGAAAGGGGUUUUGGUACAAAGCGGGUGAACAUUCUCAGCAAAAAUGGCACAGUUAGAGGAGUCAAGCAUAAAGUCAGUGCUGGCCAAGCCCUUUUUGACAAUUUGUCAAAAGUAUUUCAGCAGCCCUCCACUGAAAUGGAAUGUGGUCGCAUAGUAAUUUAUACUACCAGCCUUCGUGUGGUGAGAAACACUUUUGAAAGAUGUGAACUGGUUAGAAAGAUCUUUCAAAAUCAUAGAGUUAAAUUUGAAGAAAAAAAUAUUGCUCUGAACAGCGAUUAUGGGAAAGAACUAGACGAAAGAUGCAGGAGGGUAUGUGAAGUUCCCUCCCUCCCGGUAGUGUUUAUCGAUGGCCAUUAUCUUGGGGGUGCUGAGAAAAUUUUGCUAAUGAAUGAAUCUGGGGAACUGCAGGAUCUCUUAACCAAAAUUGAGAAAGUCCAGCAUCCCCACGAGUGCCCCUCUUGUGGGGGCUUUGGUUUCCUUCCGUGCUCAGUGUGCCAUGGGAGCAAGAUGUCCGUGUUUCGGAACUGUUUUACAGACUCAUUCAAGGCUCUCAAGUGUACCGCUUGCAAUGAGAACGGCUUACAGCGCUGCAGGAGCUGUGCAGGCUAA